AUGGGGCCCCUAUCCGCACACGGACUUGCCCAGCGGGGCCCCCCGGGGGCCCCUGGGGGGCCCCUCAAGGGGGGGGAAGUGGGAAGUGGAGGGGGGAGAGGAACCCCGGCGUCAGUGGAGUUUAAAAAUGUUGAAUUUGCGUAUGAGGUGGGGGCGGCAGGGGAGGGGGGCCCCCAGGGCCAAGGGGGGGGGGCCCCCAACAGCCCCCUGAUACUGAAGGGGUUCUCGCUGCGCGUGCCACCAGGAGAAGUGCUGGCCCUCGUCGGCCCCUCAGGCGCCGGCAAGUCCACAAUAGUGAAACUCGCCCAGCGGUUCUAUGACCCCCAGAGCGGUGCGGUGUACAUGGAUGGAAAGGACCUGCGUGAGUCGGACUUGCUGCUGCUGCGGCAGCAGAUAGCAUACGUCGAGCAGGAGCCGCUGCUGUUCAGGCGCAGCAUCGCCGACAACAUCGCCUAUGGCCUGAGGCCGCUGCAGCACACCAGCGACGCCUGGAUUGCGCAGACCACGAGGGCACGUAACCACCAGCAGCAGCAGCAGCAGCAGCAGCAGCAGCAGCAGCAGCAGGUGCAGCACACGAGCGAUGAGAGCGGCUCGUAUGAGGCAGAGUUGGCCCGGGCGCUGAGUCACCCGCAGGCUGCACACUGGCCUCCUGGUCUGCUGCAGCGAGUUGUUGCUGCAGCAGCAGCAGCAAACGCGCUGCCUUUCAUCGCGCGGCUGCCUGAUGGAGUAUUCACUAUCUGCGGUGAUGGGGCUGUCCGUCUGUCAGGCGGACAGAAGCAGAGAAUUGCUGUGGCGAGAGCGUUGCUGCGAGAGCCCCGGCUGCUAAUACUCGAUGAGGCGUCGAGCUGCCUCGAUGCAGAGAGCGAGGCGGCGCUGGCGGAGACACUGAGGAGGCUGAAGGGGAAAACCACCGUCAUCACCAUCGCCCACAAACCCUCCAGCCUGAGAGAGGCAGACCGCGUCGCCGUCAUAGAAGACGGGCGCGUGGUGGAGGAGGGCAGGCGGGCGGAGCUGCUGCACUCAGCCAACUCAAAGUACAGGCAGCUGCAGCUGGACGGGGCUCUCGCAUAA